AUGAACACUCGCAUCAAGUUCAGAAACAAGAACACCAUAUCAAAGAAGUCGCUCAGCAUAUCAGAGCCAAUGUUGUGUCUCAAGAAGAUCUUCGCUAGAUCUGAACACGAUGACUCUAUGAAUGAGAAGAUACCAACCACCUACGACAUCAAAAUAGCAGUAGCAGCUUAUAGCAUCCAGCGUCGCGUCCUGGAAACGCUCCAUCGCACGCUCUUAGCUGAGCUUAGACAAGCUCACGACACCGAACUCGAGACUUUCAAACAGGAUCUCAAAGAACAUCUCCGGCUCCAAGUAGCCAUAUCACACACUACACGCAGCUUGUCCAGCAAAACUUCAUCAGCCAGCAGCAGUGAGGAGUCUGUCACACCAGACGAACGAAACCUUCCCGCCAGCGGCCUUCCCGCCAGCGGACGCAUCCGCCGGAGGAUGGAGAUUACCAAAGUCCUGCUGCUUCAAGCUAAAGAGAGAAGAGCGGCAGGAAGGCAUCGCAAGGAUGAAAUUCAUGGACUAAAGAAGGAACACGGAGACAUCGUCAUCCCGGAGAGAAAUGGGGGUAUCACAGAAGCCGACUGUCUCAGCGAGAUCAACACGAUUCUGUUUGACUGGGGUCUCACCAAUGUCAAAUCCGAGGGAGAAACUCAUCGAUGGGAGGAUGACUUGGAGAGCAUGGUCUCAUAUCACGUUCAGCGCGAACAAGAGGAGAGAAAACGGCGUCGAGAGGAUCGUUCGGUGUAUUAG